ACCAUUCUGCUGACGCUAACCCUAAUUCUUCUGCGUCACACACACCUCACUUCACUCAAACACGCGAAGAAAGAAAAGAAAGAAGACGGGAAACAAAGAACAGAGACUGAGGGAAGGAAGAAGAGGAACGGGAGAAGGGGAAGUGGUUGCCGACAAAGGGUCUCCACCACUGCUGGACCGCCGAUUAGUCUGGGAGGAGAGAGAGAAAAUCGCAGAGAGAGAGAGAGAGAGAGAGAAACAGAGAGAGAAGAAAGAAGGAGAAGAAUCGAAGGAGAAACAGAGGGCGGGGAGGGCGACGACCGACGACCCCAUUACCGUCGUCGCUGAAUCGCUGUCCAUCUGCAGCCUGAAGUGUGAUGAUGGAUGGAAAUCAAAUCAAUGAGGGAUAUGGUUUCCGCUGGGAGUCACAGCCAAUUCUUAAUUCGCAGCAUGUGCGCGGUAGUUGUGAAGGGUCACUGGCGCACUCUCUUGAAGUCGAAGAAUGGCACUUCUUGUUCAGCUCUCACUCCUACGCCCGUUCAUAACGUCCUCCUGCAGCUCUCACUCCAUGGUUAUGGGCCCACACAUUCCUUCCCUUUCUUCAAGUGGGCCCAGUCAACCCCAAACUAUACCCACUCCUUGCACUGCUCGUGGGCCAUGGUUCACAUUCUUGCCAAGCACAAGCACUUCAGAGAUGCACAACACUUGCUCGAGAAAAUUUCCCAGAGGGAUUUCCUCUCCUCGCCUUCGGUUUUGAUGUCUCUCAUCAGGUCCCAUGAGGACAGGGAGGUAAAUUCACAAGUGCUGAGCUGGCUUGUGAUAAUUUAUGCAAGGUCGAAACCAGCCCUGCAGGAUGCUGUUCAGGUUUUUGAGUAUAUGAGGGUUUCUGGGCUUAAGCCACACUUGCAUGCCUGCACUGUGCUGUUGAAUUCUUUGGUUAAAGAUGGGGUUGUUAACUUGGUGUGGAAGGUUCACAAGGGAAUGGUUCAAGUAGGGGUUUUCAGUAAUGUUUAUAUCUACAAUUGCUUGAUUCAUGCUUGUUCAAGGUCACAUGACGUAGAGCGUGCAGAGAAGUUGUUGAACGAGAUGGAGGAAAAGGGUGUAGUUCCUGAUAUCUUCACUUACAAUACUUUGAUUUCGUUGUAUUGCAAGAAGGGUAUGCACUAUGAGGCUUUAACAGUACUUGAUAGAAUGGAAAGAGAAGGGAUAGGUCUUGACAUUGUUAGUUACAAUUCUCUUAUCCAUGGUUUUUGUAAAGAAGGUAGGAUGAGGGAAGCUAUGAGGAUGUUUAGUGAGAUGAAGAACAAUGUGACUCCGAAUCAAGUGACUUAUACUACAUUGAUUGAUGGGUAUUCUAAGGUGAAUGAGCUCGAGCAAGCUUUGAAGUUGCACAAGUUGAUGCAGGCUGAGGGGUUGGACCCUGGAGUUGUCACUUAUAACUCGAUUCUGCGCAAGCUAUGUCAGGAUGGCAAGAUAAGGGACGCAAACAAAUUGUUGACUGAGAUGAGCGAAAGGAAACUCCAAGCUGAUAAUAUCACAUGUAACACGUUGAUUAAUGCUUACUGCAAGAUAGGAGAUUUGAAAUCUGCUCUGAAGUUCAAGAAUAAGAUGUUGGAAGCUGGGCUGAAGCCUGAUCCAUUUACAUACAAGGCACUGAUACACGGGUUCUGCAGGGUAAAUGAACUGGAAAGUGCGAAGGAGCAUCUUUUUGGCAUGCUUGAUGCUGGAAUUUCACCAAAUUACUCUACAUACUCAUGGAUUGUGGAUGGACUUUGCAAGAAGAACAACAUGGAUGCAGUUCUAGCACUGCCAGAUGAGUUUUUAAGAAGAGGCCUUUGCCUUGAUGUUUCAGUAUAUAGGGCACUGAUUAGAAGGUUAUGCAAACUAGAAAAGAUUGCAUGUGCUGAGAAGUUAUUGAAUCAUAUGGAAGGAAAGGGUAUAUCAGCUGAUAGCGUUAUUUACACUAGUAUCGCCUAUGCUUACUGGAAAGCAGGGAAUACAAAUGCUGCAUCAAAUGUGUUAGUUGAGAUGGCUAGGAAGAGGUUGAUGAUAACAAUCAAACUCUAUAGAUGUAUUAGGGGUGCUGAUGAUAAUAGUGAAAGCAAAGUGUUACAGAUAUUCUGGGAUCAUGUAGUGGAUUUAGGUCUGAUGUCAAGAAAUACAAUGAAUAAGAUACAACAGAUGGCAAUAUGAUAAUAAAUUCGUCUUAUUUUCAGUUGAUUGCAA